AACUUCACUUUCUCCGUUUUCAUUUGUUGCUCCUUAGCCAUCGUCUCCCAUCUCAAAUGCCUCCGUUGAUGAAAAAAGGAAGACACGGAAACUGGGCGGACCUUCCGCCUGAACUAACGUCUUCGAUCUUGCUCCGUAUUGGCGCGAUUGAGAUAAUCGAAAACGCACAGAGGGUGUGCAGGUCGUGGCGUCGCGUUUGUAAAGACCCUUCAAUGUGGCGUAAGAUCGACAUGCACAACCACGGAGACUUUGAUUACGAUCUCGAGAUCAUGUGUCGUCACGCGGUCGAUCGCAGCCAAGGCGGCUUGGAAGAGAUCGACAUUUGGUACUUCGGUACUGAUGACCUCCUCAACUACAUCGCCGUUAGGUCGAGUAAGCUGAGAAGCCUUAGGCUUUUAAUGUGUGAUGCAUUAACAGACGAGGGGUUUAUGGAGGCAGUUGUGAAACUUCCUUUGCUUGAAAAACUUGAAGUGUCGUAUUGCUCAUUGUCAGAAGAGUCUCUGAAAGCUGCAGGCCAGUCUUGUCCCAACCUGCAGACAUUGAAGCUAAACAACGAACAUAGGUUCAAGUAUGAUGAUGAUAAUGAAGCUCUAGCAAUUGCAGAAACCAUGCCUGGACUACGCCACCUCCAGUUUUUUGGAAACAGGUUAACCAACACGGGAUUGAACGCUAUUCUCGACGCUUGUCCUCGCCUAGUACACCUUGACAUACGCAAGUGUUUCCGUGUUAACUUUGAUGGGGAUAUGGCCAAACGAUGUCUUGAGAGGGUGAAAGAGUUGAGACAGCCUUGCGACCCAACCGAUGAUUUCCCUUUUGAUGGUUUUGAGAUGACCAUAGAAGAAGAGGAAAAAGAAGGUCUAGAGGAAGGUUACUCAUAUGACACCGAUGAGUACGUCUAUGAUGUCGAUAAUUGUUCUGACAGGUAUGACUCGGGUGAUGACUAGACAAGGUUAGGAGGUGGGAUCGUUUUGAAUAAUGAAAUAAUGAUAUGAUAUCUGUAGCAAGUAGUGUUAAUGAAACUCGUUUUUGACCUCUUUUCGUGUUAGUUGGUUGUUUCAGUGGGACGUGUGUGUCCCUCUUUCUAUGUCUUAGUCUAUAGCUUCUGAGUGUGUAGAUUCCUUGCCUGAGUAAGAACAUAUUUAACA